AUGUGUGGCAUCACAGCACUCCUCCUCGCCUCGGUCGACCAGUCGGCUGCGCCCGAGAUCAACGAGGCGCUCUCGCUCCUCCAGCACCGUGGUCAGGAUGCCGCCGGUAUCGUGACGUGCGGCAACAAGGGCCGCUUCUACCAGACCAAGGCGAACGGCAUGGUGCGCGAUGUCUUCGACGUCAACGCCGUCGCGCGUCUCCAGGGAAACAUGGGCGUCGGCCACGUCCGCUACCCCACCGCCGGCUCCUCGGCGCACUCGGAGGCACAGCCCUUCUACGUCAACUCGCCCUACGGCAUCACGUUCGCCCACAACGGCAACCUCAUCAACACCGACGAGCUGCGUCGCUUCCUCGAUGCCGACGCCCACCGUCACAUCAACACCGACUCGGACUCGGAGGUGCUCCUCAACAUCUUUGCCAACAACCUGCAGAAGACGGGCAAGUUCCGCAUCAACGAGGAGGACAUCUUCACCGCCAUCCGCGACCUUAUGAAGCAGUGCAAGGGCGGCUACACCUGCAUCGCCAUGCUUGCUGGUUUCGGCAUCAUCGCCUUCCGCGACCCCAACGGCAUCCGUCCGCUCGGCAUGUGCUCGCGCCCUUCGUCAGCUGCCGACGGCGAGCUGCCCCUCGAGGGCCACGGCAAGGACUACUGCUUCACCUCCGAGUCGGUCGUCUGCGACGCGCUUGGCUUUGAGGACUUUGAAGAUAUCAAGGCCGGCGAGGCGGUCAUCAUCACCAAGUACGCUGUGUCGCGUCGCAUCCUCACGCCGCCUGCCGACUCGCCCGACGCCUACGCCUUCUCGCCCGACAUCUUCGAGUACGUCUACUUUGCCCGUCCCGACAGCGUCAUGGACGGCGUCUCGGUCUACCGCUCGCGCAUGGCCAUGGGCGACAAGCUCGCCGACGAGGUGCGCCGCCAGCUGCAGAAGACGGGCGAGUCGAUCGACGUCGUGAUCCCCGUGCCCGACACCUCGCGCGUUGCGGCGCUGCAGCUCGCCCAGAACCUCGGCGUGCCGUACCGCGAGGGCUUCAUCAAGAACCGCUACGUCGGCCGCACCUUCAUCAUGCCCGGCCAGAGCGUGCGCCGCAAAAACGUGCGCCGCAAGCUCAACGCCAUGGCGCUCGAGUUCAACAACAAGAGCGUGCUGAUUGUCGACGACUCGAUCGUGCGCGGCACGACGUCCAAGGAGAUCAUCCAGAUGGCGCGCGAUGCGGGCGCCAAAAAGGUGAUUAUGGCGUCGUGUGCGCCGCCCAUUCGCUACUCGAACGUGUACGGCAUCGACAUGCCGUCGCGCCAGGAGCUCGUGGCGUACGGCCGCACGGUGGAGCAGGUGGCCGAGUACAUCCAGGCGGACAUGGUGAUCUACCAGACGCUCGAGGACCUCAUCGACUCGGUGCAGCAGUUCAACCCGGAGCUCAAGCAGUUUGACUGCUCCGUGUUCGACGGCAAGUACGUCACGGGCGGCGUGGAUUCGGCGUACAUUGCGCAUCUCGAGCAUCUGCGCAGCGAAAACGCAAAGGCCAAGAAGGCGGCCACCAAGAUCCCCGUGAUCGCCGAGAGCCAGAAGAAGAUCUAUGCCAGCCGCGCCAGUCCGGCUGCUUCGAGCGUGGCGGGCAACGACGAUAGGCUUGCGGUGGACGCUGCACCGGCGGGCGCCAACGGCAGCGCUGCCAACGGCAACCGAAAGCGCAGGCUCAACGAGGAAGAGAUGGAGGAGGAGGAGAAGCAGCAGGACGUCGGAUGCUCGGGCCCCAUGAACGGCGCCGACGACAUUGGCCUGUUCAACAGCUGGACGCGCUAA